AGAGAGGGAAAGAAAGAGAAAGAGAAAUAGAGAAUCACAGAAAACUUGUGCAUGCUACAGAAUUUACUAUCGUCGAGUGCAGUAAGCAGCAGUAAGUCUUUAUUAAAAACUUAAAUAAUUAAUAUAUUUUUAUAUUUUUUCUUAUUUUAAACAUCACAAAAUGACUUCAAGAAAGAUACCUAUAACAUCAGAAAAUUAAGAAAAUCGGAAGCUCAUUCAACCAUUUAUUAAUAUUAGAAGUUUAAUUAUACUAAGCUAACCUAUAAAAAUGGAUAAAAUCAAUCAGUCGUGGAAAGAAAUGGGUAUCACAGAUCCUAAGGAACGAAUCAAGGCCCUUACAGAACAUGCUUCGAGAGUAGAAAUUGAUCCCAAUAUUGCGCCUAAAAGAUACUAUCGUACUGGAGUGGAAAUGGUUAGAUUAGCAAACAUGAACAUGCAAGAUGGCAGUUACGAAAAUGCCUUUACACUAUAUAUGAAAUUUAUAACACUUUUUGUGGACAAAAUAAGGGGCCAUCCACAAUAUGAUAAUGUAUCGGCUAAGGACAAGGCAAUGAAUAGAGAUGCUUUACGAGUAGUCAUUCCCAAAGCUGAAAAAUUGAAGAAACAAUUGUUGGAUCAAUAUCAAGCAGAAUUGGAUAAGUAUUUAGAGGAUUUAAAAGAAAGGGAAAGGAUUGAAAAAGAGCGUUUGAGACAAGAAGAACUUCAAAGACAAAAAGAAGAGGAAAACAGAAGGAACAAAAUGGCUGCUCUAGCUGCUGUCAAGGCAGCUAAGGCUGCUAUUACUGCUAACAUACCAAUGGAGACAAAAAAUUUGCCUUCCAUUGCACCAAAAACUGUGAUAAAUCUUACAAAUGAAGAUAAAUCAAUUAAGAGUUCCAAGGACAUGAAAACACCAACGGUGGAUCGUUCUACAAAACCUUCUUUACUAACAAGCGACGGACUAUCUUUACGCGAUGUUAUUCUGCCAACUAAAUUAAUGCACAAUUUCUUGACGCUCGCCUUUAACAAUACGACGAGCAAUAAAGAGACAUGUGGCAUUUUGGCUGGGCGAUUGGAACGAAAUAAAUUGUUGGUAACGCAUCUCCUGAUACCGGAACAAACUGGAACUCCAGAUUCUUGUACCACUCAUUACGAAGAAGAUAUAUUCGAUUAUCAAGAUCAACAUAAUCUUAUUACUCUCGGUUGGAUUCACACGCAUCCUACACAGACUGCAUUUUUAUCAAGUGUAGAUCUUCACACACAUUGUGCUUAUCAAUUAAUGAUGGCGGAAGCUAUAGCAAUAGUUUGCGCGCCAAAAUAUGACGAGACAGGAUUUUUUAUCUUAACACCUGAUUAUGGUUUAGAUUUUAUUGCAAACUGCAGAGAAACAGGUUUUCAUCCACAUCCUAGUGAACCACCAUUGUACACGAAAGCAAGACACUACAAAUUAGAUGUAAUGGCACUUCAAGUCGUGGACUUACGUAGAAAAUGAUAUAUCUCAGAUACAAGAUAAUUAUUUUAUUUAAAAAAUAUUUCUAAUUAAAAUUUGAAAAAUCGCAAUUCACAAUAAGGUAAAAGUACCACUUGCCGGACUAUAUCCCUAUAUCCCGACAUUUAUAUGAAAAUUUAUCGUUAUUAAUCUUAAAUGAUUUUUUUUAUCAUAUUAAAACUUUAUCUAAAUCUUUUAAUAUUUAAAGAUAUUUAAAUAAUAUUUAUAUAAUAACAAUUUUUUAAUGAUAUAAAAAUCAAUAUCCGAUAAACAGUAAAUUUAUUACGCAAUUUGGCAAAGGACAUAUUUUGAUCCUAACAAUGGUCCUAACAUUUUCUGAAAAACAUUCAUACCUUAUUUUUUUAUAGUUUUUGUUUCAUAUUUUUAUUCUAUAAAGAGUUUGAUAAAUAUUAUUCAAAGCGGAAAAGAUUUAGAUUAUAAAGAAAAUAAUUUUUUAAGCUUUUAAUUAAUUUAAACAAUAUUUUUUUAUAAAUUUUACAAAUGUAGCUACUGAUGCAUUAAUUUAUAUGACUGCCAAGUAAACUGAUUAUUUGUUUAGUUUCCGUUUAGUUUACAUCUUCGAAAAUACUGAAUCGUUUAUAAUAAAUUACUAUAAAAAUUAAAUUCAUAAAUAUUUUUAUAUACAAUACUAUUUGAUAGUAUUAUCAGCACAUUAUUAAUAUCUAUAAAUAUAUAUUUUAAUUGUAAUUAAAAAAAUAUAUACUUUAAUGAAGACAGGAGGAAUGCUGUGCAUAACUUGUUCAAAAGAAACCGAUAGAAAAUGACAGACAGAUAACAGAAUGAUAAAUUUAAACUUUAUAGAAAUUUUAUCUAAAUAUUGUACAAUAAAAUUAUCAUUUUAAUCAGACCUACAUUUGAAAAAUAUUUGUUUUUCUAUCGUCUUUUAAUAGUACUUUAAAUAAUCAAUUAUUGAUCUAAACGUUUUUUAUAUAGCUUGUUAAGUUAUCUAAUCCAAUUUAAGAAUGACAAUUUGAAAAAUGAUAGGUAAUUUAUAUGUAUGCAAGAAAUAUUAAAAUUAGUUAUAUAUAAAAAGCACAAACUCUAAUGGUAAAGUAUUGCAUAAUACGUCACACGUAAACUGAAAACAUCAUGGAAUUAUAUUAAUUUUAACAAAAGAUAGACAUUAUUAAAAAUUAUUACUAAAUUACACUAAAAACAAAAAAUCUGAUAUUUACGAACCAAAAAUAAUAGAGUUAUAUCAAUUUUUUCUUAUCUAGUUCUGUCAGAAUUUUUAAGUGGAAUAACCUAGUAAUGUACUUGCAUUGACAUUAAAUAAAUACAUAUUUAAAAAUGAAAAUAUAAUUAUUAUUACAAAAUAGUUUGAAAUUCUUUUAUUUUAUACGCAUGAUAAUUAUAUUCGGAUAUUGGGUCAAAAGAAUGUAGUAAUCAGGACAAAUACUUUCGAUAUUUCGGUUCAUUCGUAUGCUUUAAAAUUUUUAUUACUAUUAAAAUAAUUGAAACAUUUGUCAUGUAUUUUGUGAGUUAAUAAUAGGUCUUGUACUUCAUCUUUUAAUUAGUAACAUAAUCAAAUUGUUAAAAACAGUAAGUAAAAAUUAAACAACAUCGUAAUAACAUCGUUACAAGUCCGGCUAUUGGGGCAUUUAUCUUAAAAAUCGUGAAUCUUAUUACGCGAUUAAUACAGUACACAAUAUUGAAAAUCUAUGAAAAGUAAAUAAUUUAAUUACAAUAAAAAUGCUAUAAAACGUAAUAUUUAAAGAAAAUGUCACAUUUAAUAUUUAUAACAUAAGAUUUAUAAUAUAUUGUUCUUGCAGACAGAAGAUAUAAAAAAAGAAUAUAAAUUAUCCAGAAGUUAGUAUAGAGUGAAAUAAUAAUGAAUUAAUAAUUAUUAACUUCUGAAUUAUAGAAGACAAAAAUAUUUACAUAUGAUUGAUAAUAGCGAUAACAGUAGAAAUAUAAAAAUAUGUCUUGUAUUUGAUAUUUUCUCAAUUUUAAUCAAAAGCUUUAAUUCACUUAUAAGUAUAUUUACAACUGUUAAACAAAAUCAAAUGUACACAUUUACAUAUGUAGAUAAUCUUUGUGAGAUAUUAUGUAAACACAAUCUUUGUUAAUAUUUUAUCUUGUUAUACAUAUUGUAAUAUGUAAUAUAAAAUUUAAUAUUUUAUUUUGUUUUCAUAUAAAUUUUUUUUACAUAGAGACUACAAAGAUAUAUAGAUUUUGAAAGCUUUCUGCUUUUAGAAUAUAGUUGAAAAAGAUAUAAAAUAUGUUAUAAAUUUUUUACGUUUUUAUGUUGCUUAAAAGAUAAAGUUUAAUCAUAAAUACGUCAGCCUCAUAAUUAAUAUCAAAGCUUUUUUUUUUAGAUAACUUUUAUUUUUCGUUUAAAUAUCAAAUUUAACAUAAAUAAAUUUUUUGUUUAUUACAUAAUUUCUUAUUCACAAAAUAUGGUAUCAGUGUAAACAAUUUCAAGUUAAAAUUUUACUUUUCUGCGUAACAUGCUUAUAUAAAGCUCAUCGUGCCUUUUUGAAAAUAACAAGUGUUCAUUAUAUUCUAGUAAUCUAACAACAGAUAAUCGAAAAACGUCACAUCACAAAAUGCUAUGUAUAUAUUAAUUUUACCGAAAAAUAAUUGUAGAUGGAAAUAUAAUUAUAUAUAUAAAUAGAA